GAAAAGGAGUAUGUACAGUAACUAGAUCGAACGAAGACGUUGAACUCGUUUAGCUGAUUUUUUGGAAGGUAGAUAGGUUUUCUUGACAUCUUUUUUCAUCUGUUUUCGCUUCACAAGGCUGCUGCUUAUACCAGCUCUUUGUGUCGACAUGGUUUGUUUUUGUUGAAGAGAGAGAGAGAGAGAGAGAGAGAGAGAGAGAGAGGUUCUCCUGGCUUUCACUAUGACCUACGUUAAAGUGUCAGAAAUCGACAUUUAAGUGACUAAAUCGUGUCAGGACGACAGAAAGCAGUGUCAGCUCAGUAUAUUAUAUCUGAACAGUGAGGUGUUGGAAGGAGUUGGAGAGAGGAAGGAGAUGGGCAAUUGUCUAAAAUCUCCUACUUCGGAUGACAUCUCUUUGCUUCAUGAGUCGCAGUCAGACAGAGCCAGUUUCGGCGACGGCACUGAUCCGGACCAGGAGCCGCCACCGCCUUACCAGGAGCAGAUCCAUGUACCUGUUUACCACCCCACUCCAAGUCAGACCCGGUUGGCGACGCAGCUGACCGAAGAAGAGCAAGUGCGCAUCGCACAGAGGAUUGGCCUCAUUCAGCACCUGCCCAGGGGGGUGUUCGACCCCGGCAGUGAUGGCACUGAAAAGAAGAUACGAGAGUGUGUGAUCUGCAUGCUGGAUUUUGUGUAUGGGGAUCCGAUCCGGUUCCUGCCUUGCAUGCACAUCUACCACAUGGAUUGCAUCGAUGACUGGCUGAUGCGCUCCUUCACCUGCCCCUCCUGUAUGGAGCCUGUGGAUGCUGCACUUCUGUCCUCCUAUGAAACCAACUGAACUUAAUCACUUUAAUCACACACAUACACACAUACACACACACAUACACACACACUGCCCUUGCGAUUUUUGGAAUUAUCCCUCCAAAAGGCAGGGGACAGGUCAGAAUGAUCUCUCCUAGCACUAGGGGACAGUACAGGAGCGCUCUCCUGGGUUGUCCUGCUGGACAGGGAAACCUGCAGGAGCCGCACGAGUGAGACUAUUUACAUCAUCCUGACAACCCGGACCAUUCUGCUGUGCCACCCCUUUACACUGGAAAGCAGAAAACAGUUAAAAAAAAAAUUACACAAACAGAUGGAAGGGGAAAAUGCAAUUAGUGUUUUCACCCACUUUCUCUCUGUGUGUAAUGCAUUGGGGUGUGACACUCUCUUUUUUCUUUUUUCUCUUCUUUUUCCAGUAAGGGCUUGUCAGAAUUUCAGCUGAGAAGAAAAAAAAAAUGAAACGUGCUUGCACCUAAAUUACAAAUAGUGAAAUUUGCACUUGUCAGAGACAUCUUUCCCCACAGAGCACCUUGUUCUACAUGUAGGGGCGUGUACAACUCAUUGAACUCAUUCCAUUUAGCUGCCGGCCUCUAGGUUUACUGUUAAGCGUACUAUCCGUAUCCAGUUGCUGCGGGACAUGCUUUGGUGGAAGCUGGGAAGUAGAGCCCUUGGGCUGAGAAUUUUUUUUUGUUGUUGUUUUAGGAGAUAACAGACUGUGCAGUCCAACUAACUUGACUGUGACUUUAUUUUUUGUUUUGGCACAUGGAUUUAAACUGAAAUUUACUAUGAAUUUGUGCAGACUGCCAGCUGUAGUUUGAGGGGGUGUAUAUAUACACGGCAUCCAUACUGGGUCAACCUUGUAGGAAUUAUAGCCCUCUUUAUAGCUAGUUGUUUAUGUGAAACAGGUUACCGAUUACUUUAAAGUUUAUAAACAUGUCAGUAGGGCAGGGGUCUGCAGUCAAUUUUCACCAUGACGCAGUUUUAUUUGCAUUGGAAAUGUCCAGCAUUUGUCCAGGUAUUUGUAGGUGUUUCAGAUCUGCAGCAUAUCUUAUAUAUCUUAAAUAUCUUUUUACAGGAUUUAAAUACAGUGGGUGAUUCCAAACAAUAACUAUUUAGACAAACUAGUUACUGUUUUACCAGUACAUUACACAUGUGCUAAAUGUGUCCUGUAGUGAACAUUGCAUUAAGGUGGGCCUACCAGUGAUGCAGAGUGGGAAUUGAUUAAAUGGGUUGGGGCUCAGAUUAUGAGCUGUGUAUAGUCAUUGCCUCAUCAUUUCCUUUCAUUGCGUCUUAGCUCCUCCCUUUGAGGAACUGCUGCAAGUAAGGACACGAGGCUUGGAGAAACAUGAAACAAACCCAGUGAGACUAGUUUGCUCACAGAAAUCUAGAGAAUCCACUGAUUUCAUCUGUUGAUGGCACGUUGCUCAGUUGUAUUCGUUUUAUAUUCGAAUUAUAGACAACAGGGAUCCCAUUCAGAUCAUUUAAGCUUCGUUAAGACAUUAUUGCAUGUGUACAUCAUGCACUUAAAUGUUGUUAUAAUGGGCAAAUAAUUCCCAUUAUUAAAUAUCAAUUUGCAUGUGAAAUUUAAAGCUUCAUUCCUCCAUACACCUGAGCAAUGUGAUCCAAUGGAGAUGUGGCAUUCUUUUGGUUGUUCAGUACAAAACCACUGCUUCUUUUUUUUUUUUUUGUGCACACAUUUCUGGUGUUGCCAGAAUAGACUCAAUAGAUUUGUUACAAUGUGAUCCUGGAACCAUUUUAUUUGGCUGCAGCUUCUGUGGAAACCCUAUAAAGAUGUAAACAUUUCCUGUUUCGCUGGCAAGGCCAAACAGCUGCUAUUUGCUCACCUUUAGAAUUUGGAGUUGGUGACAAAUUAGAUCCUGUACUAUAUAAAAGUCUAUAUAAAUCCAACACUUCAAUAUGUACCUUACCGUCACACAGUGUCCUGACAUAUGGCGAUUAAAACGCUUUUAAAACUUGUUUCAGAGCUGAAUGGUAGAGUGUUCUUGACUGGUCAAAUGAAUCACUCGCCUGAGUGUGACUGAGCGUCUUAUUUACUAAAGAAUGAAGGCAAAAGCAUGUCAAAAUCUGUGAAUGACUGUGAUAGAAUUCUGUAAGAACUUUUAGACGAAAGAACUCUAGUAUAUAGUGAUCACUAUGAAUCGCACACUUCAUUUGUAAGAUUCUUUUGGUCUCUUGAAAGACCGAACGACUUGAUAUAACAGGGCUGUGAAUCCUGUACCUUCAAUCCAAUAUCGCUGUCUGUCACUGUCCAGUUACUUACAAGCUUCACUAUAAGAGCUCUUUUUUUGCUUUUAUAAUACAAUAAAGACUCUGAAGCACUGCCUUAGUGCUGUUAGAUUAGCUCAGCUUUUUUUUUUUCCUUUUGAGUGUAUACGUUUUCUUAUAAUUAUCCUACAGCUUGUCUAUUACCAGAACCAAAUAAUUUAUUUAAAUGUAAGAGCAGUGGAGUAAUUAAGUUGUGGGGCUGGGCUGUAGCCUUGUCUUUGCUUAAUGCGCAUUAAUAAUCCUUCAAGAAUGAGUUGUUUUUUACUAGGAAUAAUUCUAACUAUUGGGUAAUAGUGUAUGAAGUUUGUUGUUUGCUAGUCAGCGAUUACUAGGUGCAAUAAUACACUAUGAUGUGCAUUAAAAAAAUAAACUUCUGGGGCCCUGUUUUUUUGUGUAAUCCAAACCAUGUUAUUCAAAACUGCUUAACUCUACACCAUAAUGACUCAGAAACCAGAAAUGAUUGCAGUUAUCACAUGACAAAUGUGUCACUUUUAUUUGCAGAGUGCUUGUGUGAAGUUGUUUUUUUUCCUUCUUUUUUCUUCUGUGUGCAUUUGACUUCAUGUUAAAUUACAUACAUUACAGUUUUGUUAUUGUCUUAUUGUACAUAUAGAUUAUUUUAUGACAGUCAUUUCUAUUUUAAUCACAUGUUUGACAUUAGAAGUUCAUGAAGCGUUACCAUAAGGAGUGCACAUCUAUAAGACUCGAGAAAGGAGUGAGUUUGGCUCUGCCAGCAGAAGAAAGCAUUACUUCCUUUGGACUCUAUACCCUUGUCUCCAUUUGACUUUGUCUUGUUAAGAAAAGAUGAAUAAAGAGAUAAAAAUGUGAAAUGAAAAUGGAGUCAUAUGGAUAUGCAAUGACAUGAGAAUCAAUUCAUCAUUUUAAUCUGAAAUGACAUUCUUGUUUGUCCUUUUUCUCUCUUAUAUUUGAUGGUGAAGCACAAAAAAAAAACCAAAAAAAAAAAAACCCCACAGUGUUCUAUUUUUCUAAGCUCGGUGUUGUCAGUUCUGUAAAAGAUGGUCAUUGUCAUGCUGAAAGGAAGUGGAACUUGAUUUUACGUGCUGUUUCUCUGCUCUUGAGAUAGGGGUGUUCUUUGUCCUGUUACUAAAUGCCAUCCCUAAAUUUCCCCGAACGUGUAAACAAAACCGAAACACAGAUGUGGCUGCUAUUAAAGUUUAGUUUUUCCA